AUGGCUGGAAGAAACGAUGUUGUGAUUGCUGCUGCUUUGGAGGCUAUGGAUCAAGCUCUGGAACAUCAACCUAAGACUGGUGAGAAUGGUGGGUCUCGCAGUUUGGCUACCUUCCAGAGGGAGAACCCGUCGGUCUUCAAAGGCAAGCAUGACCCCGAUGGAGCUUUAGAGUGGUUGAAAGAGAUCGAGAGGAUCUUCUGUGUAAUGGAUUGUACUCAGGCACAGAAAGUUCGCUAUGGGACACAUAUGCUAGCAGUCAAAGCUGACGACUGGUGGCUAGCAACACAUCAGAGACUAGAAGCUGCAGGUGAAGAGAUCACUUGGGAUGUGUUCCGAAGGGAAAUUCUGAGGAAGUACUACCCUGAGAGUGUCUGUGGUAAGAAGGAAAUUGAGUUCCACAAACUGAAACAAGGGAACAUGUCAGUGACCGAUUAUGCUGCGAAGUUCACUGAAUUGGCCAAAUUUUAUCCAUACUAUGAUGGAGAGGGUGCAGAGUUUUCAAAGUGCGUUAAGUUUAAAAAUGGGUUACGUGCUAUAGGGUAUCAGCAGAUACGCGUUUUUCCUAACUUGGUAGAAAGCUGCAGAAUUUUUGAGGAAGAUAAUGCUGCUCACUAUAAGAUUGUCAGUGAUAGAAGAGGCAGGCAGAAUCAGCAACGUGGCAAGCCUUAUGACGCUCCAGCUGGCAAGGGCAAACAGAGAGCUGCUCCGGGCCAUAGAACAAGUGGGGGAGGUUCUCCUGCUCCGAUUGUGUGUUUUAGGUGUGGAAAGGCUGGUCACAAGAGUACUUACUGCACUGAUGAAGUUAAGAAGUGUUUCCGUUGUGGCAAGACAGGUCAUAUGAUGUAUGAAUGUAGACAUAAAGAAGUGAUUUGUUUUAAUUGCGGCGAAGAAGGACACAUGGGAAGUCAAUGUCAGAAACCAAAGAAGGCACAAGCUGGUGGUAAGGUGUUCGUAUUGGAUCUUGUGCUAUCUUCGAUGAAUGGCGAGAUGGUAGUUGAGGUUCCAACUAAAGGGUCUGUGACUACAUCUCUUGUUUGUUUAAAGUGUCCGUUGUCGAUCUUCGACAGGGACUUUGAUGUUGAUUUAGUGUGUUUACCGUUAGCCGGGCUAGACGUAAUUUUGGGAAUGAACUGGUUAGAAUAUAACUAUGCUCACAUAAAUUGUUAUAAAAAGACUGUGAGAUUUUCAACUACCGAAGAGGAAGAAGCUAGUGUAGUGUCGUCUAAGCAGGUACGACAGUUGUUGAAAGAAGAAGUAGAGAUGUUCUCGUUGAUGGCAACAUUGUCAAUCAGAAAUCAGAAUAUCAUCGAUGAGUUACCGGUAGUAAGUGAAUUUCCUGAGUUUUUUCCGGAUGAGAUUCCUGAUGUGCCGCUAGAAAGAGGAAUUGAGUUUACGAUUGAUCUUGAUUAUGAUUUCGGGUUGAACUAUCAUCCUGGUAAGGAAAAUGUUGUGGCUGAUGCUUUAAGCCAGAAGACCUUGCGCAUGUCAGCUAUGAUGGUUAAAGAGUUAGAAUUGAUCGAGCAAUUCCGAGAUAUGAGCUUGAUUUGUGAAGUGACACCGCAGAGUGUUAAGUUGGGAAUGCUUAAAAUUGAUAACGACUUUCUGAACAGUAUCAAAGAGGCUCAGAAAUUGGAUGUGAAACUGGUAGACAUUAUCGUUGGUUGUGGCAAAUCCGAGAAGAGUGAUUUUAAAGUGGACGCGCAAGGAGUGUUGAGUAUUCAUCCUGGGGCUACUAAAAUGUAUAAAGACUUGAAGAAGAUAUUUUGGUGGCCACGAAUGAAAGAAGACGUAGCACGAACACCAGAAGCCUGCAGGGUUGAUGCAACCGUUAGAAAUUCCAGAAUGGAAGUGGGACAGCAUUUCGAUGGAUUUCGUGACGGGGUUUCCUAA